GCUUUACCCUCCAUCACCCGCCACUACAAAAGUAUACCCCCACUUCCAAGUUCCAACCUUUUUCCUUCUCUCUCUCUCUCUCUCAUAACUCAACUCACUUAGACAAAGUUCUCUUUUUAUGUUCUUCUUUCUGCACUGAAUACUUCCUAUGAUAGAUCAAAAUACCCCACCUUAAGAGAAAGAAUACCCAACAACAAUUAUGGGAGGUUUCAAUGAAGAAGAAGGUGGUGUUGUGGGAGAAAAGCUUAAGGAAGAAGAAAAUAAGUGGCCUUCAUGGCUUCAGCCACUUCUCAAGACAAGCUUCUUUGUUCAAUGCAAAGUCCACGCAGAUUCCCACAAGAGUGAAUGCAAUAUGUAUUGCUUGGACUGUGUCAAUGGAGCCCUUUGUUCUGCAUGUCUCUCUUCCCACAAAGAGCACAGAACAAUUCAGAUAAGGAGGUCUUCAUACCAUGAUGUGAUAAGGGUGUCUGAGAUACAGAAAUUUCUGGACAUAACAGGGGUCCAAACUUACAUUAUUAACAGUGCCAAGAUUGUGUUCUUAAAUGAAAGGCCCCAACCUAGGCCUGGAAAAGGGGUCACCAAUACCUGCCAAGUCUGUGAGCGUAGCCUCCUUGAUUCCUUCAGCUUCUGCUCUCUUGGUUGCAAGAUUGUUGGAACCUCCAAAAAGUUCCGGAAGAAGAAAAUGUUAGGUGAGACAGAUGAGUCUGAUGGUGAAGAAUCGAUGAAUAAUGGAAUGAGCAAUGGAAGUGCCAGAAACAAAAUCCAUAGCUUUACACCUUCAACACCACCACCAACAGUGGCUAAUUACAGAACUGCUAAGAGAAGGAAAGGAAUUCCACAUAGAUCUCCAAUGGGUGGAGGGCUUAUUAUAGAAUACUAAUGUUGUUUAGUGGUUUUGGAAUUGGAUCACUUACCAAUCAAUAUUUAUACCAAAAAGAUACAGCAGUUGUUACCACUUCCCUCAGAAAAAGAUGCUCCAUAUUUUACUUAGUUGCAAUACCUGUGCCCUGUCACUGAGGCCAGUGUGGGAACUACUGCUCUAUAUCUUGUAUAGGACAAAAAAUAGGAAGAAAAAUAUCUGUCAAAAAGCAAUAAUAAUAUAACAUAGAGUGGGGAGUACUUUAUGUUGGUGUAAGAAUGGCAUUAGGGUGCUGGUAUGUGAUGCUAAAUGUACAUAGUGGCUUGUAAAAAGGAAUUGUAUAGCAUCAAAUUAGACAAUAAAAAAAUAUUAUGAACUCAUGAUGGGUAUAUAUUAAUUA